UCAUCUCGAUAAAAUAGCUUAGCUUCAUAUAACUUCGUAGUUAAAAUCUUAUUACAUAUUAAAAAGCCGUCUCCAUAGCUUAUUAUCAUCGCCUCAGUAACAUAAUUUUUUUGCUAAAUCAUCACAUGCCGCGCGCAGCUGCUUAUCUACUCCGCUUCUUUGUUCUCGUCAGUUGCAUUUUAACUCGUUAGUGUUCACACUUCUCUUGCACAUAGGUAAUUGCAUUUUUAAAUUCACUUGUAAAUUAAAAUGGCUGACACGUUAAAGGAGUUAGUUAGGAAACGUGGCAGUUUGAAGGCUAAAUUAACUUUGUUUAAUACUUAUAUUAAUGUGGCUAAAACAUGUGAACAAUUAAGUGAUUUACAAAUAACGGAGUUGCAGUGUCGCUUAGAUAAAAUAGAAUCGGUAUACCCGGAGUUUGACGCUUUACAGAUGGAGAUCGAAGCGUUAACUGAGAAACCCGACGAAGCAUAUGCGGAGCGGGAGCAGUUUGAAAGCCAGUUCUUUGUGUUGGUUUCGACUGCUCGACUUCUUUUGAGUCCUCCGGUGCAGUCGAGCGGCGGUCGGCUCGGGCCCGGGUCCACGACGGCUUCCACGUCGUGCGGCGCCGGCCGGCAGGACUUCGUUCGUCUGCCCAAGAUUGACCUGCCUCACUUCGACGGAAACUAUCAGCACUGGCUCGGCUUUAGAGAUACGUAUAUUUCCCUUAUUCAUAAUAAUCCCGCUAUUAAUGACAUAAGCAAAUUUCACUAUCUUCGUGCAUCUUUGAAAAGUAGUGCCGCCCUUGUGAUUCAAAGUCUUGAUUUUAGCAGUGAUAACUAUCAUAAAGCGUGGCAGUUAGUUUCUGAGCGGUAUGAUAACCCGCGCCUUUUAAUUAAUAAUCAUAUCCAGGCCCUGUUUAACCUUGAACCGAUGCAACACGAAUCGAGCAGUUUAUUACGUAACAUGGUGGACGUAACUAAUAAAAAUUUGCGUGCGCUUGGCACCUUAGGGGAGCCCACCGACCAUUGGGACACGUUAGUUAUCUAUAUAAUGUCUAAGAAGUUAGAUCUAGUAACUAAGCGUGAGUGGGAAGAGCACAGGAACCUUUUAACAGGUUCGCCGACGUUGCAGCAAUAUAUUACAUUUUUAAAUAGCAGGGCCGACUUACUUGAAUCUCUUGGCAAUAAUAACGUCAAUAAUAGUGGUUACAAGACAUCGAAACAUAAAUUGCAUUCACAUAUCGAGCCACAAAAAACACAUAAUUAUCUUACAGCUACAAAAAACAAUGCUUAUCGCAAACCUAUUGUUUGCCCUUAUUGUAAGCAAGAUCAUUUCUUAUUCAAUUGUGAAUCCUUUCGUAAAUUAGAUAUCGAUAACAGGAUAAAAAAUGUGAGUAGUUACUCAGUAUGUAAGAAUUGUCUUCGGCCGGGACACUUAGAAAAACAAUGUGUGUUAUCUCAUUGCAAAUACUGCAAACUUAAACAUAACACUCUUUUACAUAAACAUGUUGACAAAGCGUCUUCUAGCAGUGACGUCCCGGUGCCAGAUGUUCAUUUUAGCGGCAACAUUCAAACGAAAGUGUUUAGCCCUACUAAGACUUCCGGACUACUGUCCACAGCGUUGGUGCACGUGAGUGACGCGAAUGGAGUGCUUCGCGAGGCGCGUCUACUUCUGGACAACGGUUCUACCAUCAACUUCGUGACGCAGGAUCUGUGCGGGCAGCUUGGGUUAGCGACACGCAGCGUGGGAGCUACGGUCACAGUCAAGGCUCUUCACUUGGAACUUGUCACAAGUCUAACGACAGAGUCGUUCCUUGCUGCUCUCCGCCGCUUCAUGAGUCGUCGGGGAAAGCCUCAAACUCUGUAUUGUGACAAUGGGACUUCGUUUGUCGGGGCAUCAAACGAACUUAGUAACUUUUUAAAACAUAACCACGAUAAGCUGCAGUCAGGUAUGGCAGAAAACCUUAUUAACUUCAAAUUUAGCCCGGCUUACUCACCGCACUUCGGCGGUCUUUGGGAAGCCGCAGUAAAAUCAACAAAAUAUCAUCUCAAACGCAUUCUAUCUCUUACACAUUUAACGUAUGAAGAAUUAAAUUGUUGCCUGAUUCAGAUAGAAGCUAUUUUAAAUUCUAGACCCCUAACACCUUUAUCUUCUGAUCCAUCUGAUCUGACCUACCUAUCGCCCUCUCAUUUCCUUAUUGGACGUUCUCUUCUGUCAGUCCCACAAGAAUCGCUGACUGAAGAAAACAUCUCACGGCUUGAACGGUUCCAGAGAGUUGAAAAACUCAAGCAGCAUUUCUGGAGCCGCUUUUCUAAUGAGUAUGUUACUCUCCUCCAGCAGAAGACGAAGUGGCACACCUCGACGGACCAGCUGCAAGUUGGGACUAUGGUCUUAGUCAAGGACCGCGCACUUCCUCCUCUCCUGUGGCUGCUGGGACGCGUCACGAAGCUGUACCCGGGCACGGACAACGUCACCAGAGUCGCCGACAUCCGUACGAAGAAAGGAGUCAUCCGUAGAGCUUAUAAUAACUUGUGCCCACUCCCUAUUUCGUAAUU